AUGGAGAAUAUUGGCCUUGUCUCUUCGCACAGAGUUGUACUCGGAGUCUACCCUAGUCGCCGGAACUCGAUAAUUCCGGGCAAACCAUUUGUGGGUCUUCCGAGUUUGAUCAGGAAAACCGGAAACAAUGGCGGGCCGAAAAGACCCGGUUCUUCAUUUGUGGUUCUUUCGCUGUUUGGAGGGUCUAAACCCACCAAAACUAUUGUGGCGGAGAAAGUAAAAAAUGAUUCUUUUUCUAGCACGGCUUCGCAAGGCAAAGAGAUGUCCUCAGUUGGUGUGAGCCCACAGCUUCCAGUACCACCUCCUUCUUCACAAGUGGGAUCGCCUCUAUUUUGGAUUGGUAUUGGUGUUGGCCUCUCAGCACUUUUUUCAUGGGUGAGUGCAUGUUACUUGUUUAAAUAUGCAAUGGAACAAGCUUUUAAGACCAUGUCACAACAGAUGAAUACUCAGAACAACCCAUUUGGCAAUGCUGCCUUUUCACCCGGCUCAACCCCAUCUCCAUUUCCACCUCCAGCUUCUAACCCACCAUCAGAUGCAUUUAAAAUGUCAACUCCCGUGACAUCUCAAGCUGUAACUGUUGAUGUAUCUGCAACAAAAGUUGAGGACCCUCCAUCGAUACCCGCUAAAGAAAAAGUACAACCAGAGGGACCAAAGAAAUCUGCUUUUCUAGAUAUUUCUCCAGACGAAACACUACAGAAGAAUGAUUUUGAGAACUUCAAAGAAUCAGUUCAGACUUCUCAAAAUGGCACGGCUUCGAACCAAGGAACACCUGCUUCAAAAGGUCCCUCCACAAGUGAAAAAGCUCCUCUCUUGUCAGUGGAAGCUUUGGAGAAAAUGAUGGAAGAUCCAACAGUACAGCAAAUGGUUUAUCCUUACUUGCCAGAGGAAAUGAGGAAUCCCACCACCUUUAAGUGGAUGCUACAAAAUCCUCAAUAUCGUCAACAACUUCAGGACAUGCUAAAUAACAUGGGGGGAAGUCCUGAAUGGGACAAUCGCAUGAUGGAUUCUUUGAAGAAUUUCGACCUUAGCAGCCCUGAGAUCAAACAACAGUUUGACCAGAUAGGCCUUACUCCAGAGGAAGUUAUUUCUAAAAUAAUGGCCAAUCCUGAUGUGGCCAUGGCAUUUCAGAAUCCAAGAGUUCAAGCGGCCAUCAUGGAUUGUUCGCAGAACCCUUUGAGUAUUGCCAAGUAUCAAAACGAUAAAGAGGAGAUUGGUGAAUUUUCGUUCCCUUUAUCUUCUUUGAUCCCUGGAUGUUUUGAGAGAAAGACGACACUCGAUCGUCGUCUUCUUCGACUACGGAUGUAG